AUGGGAAAUAAUAAUUCCUCUUUCGAUAAAAAAUCCGAAAAAAUAUUUUCUCAAAAUGAAGAAUGUCCGUUUGUUAGUGGAACGAAAUGUGGAGCAGGAACGUGGAUAUGUGAAUUGGCGAUCGAAUUCCCCAAUUCAAUUUUUGUAGGAGUUGAUUUGAAGCCUGUUUACCCUUCGGAAAUUAAACAAACUAAUGCAGAACUCGUAAAGAGCAAUAUUCUGAAAGGAUUACCUUUCAAAGAAUUAAUCAGGGUUACAAAACCUCAAGGAUGGAUAGAAUUCUAUGAUGUUGAUGUUCGAUUAAUAGAUGCAGGUCCAAAUUCUACUCGUUUAGUUGAAGGCAUAGCACAAAGCAUGUCUAAUUCAGGCCUUAAUGCUAGCUCCAUUACUUUUAUAAAAGGAUGGUUACAAUCUUGCUCUGAUAAUAUUACAAAUAUUAAUGAAUUAACUAAAUUAAUUCCUAUAGGAGUUUGGAAUUCGGCUAUUGGAAAACUUAAUAUGAUGGGUUAUAUAGAUUAUGUCAAACUACAAAAACCAUGGAUAGCUGAUGGAAUGAAUAUUAGUGAAGAUGAGUUUUCAAAAUUAGUUGAAUUAACUAAUGCUGAAUUCUCCUCAUCUGAAUAUAAAGGUAAAUUGCCUGUCAUGCGAGUUUUUGGACAAAAAGUUUAA